UAGUUACGAAGCACCUCGGUCAACAUAAAAAAAGAGAAAAAAACCAAAACAAACAGAUGCAGCAGGAGAUUUAAAGCCGCGCUCCUGCUCGGAGUUUAUUUUCUAUUUUGCAGAUGUCUCAUAGAUUUGUUUGUUGGUGUUGAGUCUGAAGUGCACCAGUCUGCUCAGGACGAGUUUGUAGGAGUGCGGAGGAAUUUUGUAUUUCGGGCCUGCUUAAGAGGCUCCCUUCGUUAGGAGGAAGGACUCGGAGGCAGCAUGGCGGACACUCAAGGGCAAUCCAGCGUUCCAAACGGUGGCGCUGAUGAUCCAGAACCAGAGAAGGGGAGGGCCAAUGAAGGAGACUCGACUUCAAAUACAGAGGAUCAGAUACAACCCGAUUCAGAACUGAGCCCAGAUCAGGAUCAGCCAGUUGAAGAAGAAGAGGAAGAAGAGGAGGAAGAAGAGGACACGGACAGCAUGGACAGCAGCCUCAUGUACUCUUUUGUGGAGGAGGGAAGGGAGCAAGACAGCGAGGACGGUGGUCGGAAAGAGCGAGCAAAAAAGGAUGAGAACAGGAGAGCCGGCCGGAAGCGAAACCGGCCCAUGUCACGCCGCUCUUCCAGCUCUGACGAUGACGAUGGCGAUGACAACGAUGAUGAAGAGGAGGACAAUGUUGAUGAAGAUGAAGAAGAGAACGAAAAGGAAGAAGACGAAGACAUGGAGGCAUGGAUUGGGGCAGACGUCAAGGAGAUGGCUGGGCCCAAGUGGCGCGCAGUGCCGUCCCUGCGGGAGCGGGAGAUCGGGAAGAACUCGUCCUGCUUCGUGCGGAGCGUGUGCGGUUCUCGGGGACUCGUGCAGCGCUUGGAGCUUCAGGCUCGGCUUGAGCGGCACAGCGGCUGCGUCAACACGCUCCACUUUAACCCUUCCGGGACACGCCUCGCCUCGGGCAGCGAUGACCUGCGCGUGGUCAUCUGGGACUGGGCAAGACGCCAUGCUGAGCUCGAGUUCGAGAGUGGGCACAAGAGCAACGUGUUUCAGGCAAAGUUUCUCCCUCACAGUGGCGACUCCACACUGGCCAUGUGUGCUCGGGACGGGCAGGUCCGGAUAGCCGAGCUGUCCGCCACGCAACGCUGCAAAAACACAAAACGAGUGGCUCAGCACAAAGGCGCUGCACACAAGCUGGCCCUGGAGCCGGAUUCGCCCUGCUGUUUCCUCUCCACUGGAGAAGAUGCCGUUGUUUACGGCAUCGACCUGAGAAACGAUCGACCCGCCAACAAACUCGUGGUGGUAAAGGAAAAUGACAAGAAGGUGAGUUUGUACACCAUCUACGUGAAUCCGGCCAACACGCAUCACUUCGCCGUCGGAGGAAGAGAUCAGUAUUUAAGGAUCUACGAUCAGAGGAAGAUCAAUGAAAACGAAAACAACGGUGUUCUGAAAAAGUUCUGUCCGUCUCACCUGGUGUCCAGCGAUUCCAAAAAGAACAUUACCUGCUUAGUAUACAGCCAUGAUGGCUCAGAACUGCUCGCGAGUUAUAACGACGAGGACAUUUAUCUGUUCGACUCGAGCCAUAGUGACGGUGCUGAUUAUCUUCGGAGAUACAAAGGACACCGCAACAAUGCUACGGUGAAAGGUGUGAACUUCUAUGGACCGUGCAGCGAGUUUGUAGUAAGCGGAAGCGACUGUGGACACAUUUACCUGUGGGACAAACACUCGGCGUGUGUGGUGCAGUUCAUGGAGGGCGACCGAGGCGGAGUGGUGAAUUGUCUGGAGCCCCACCCUCACCUGCCCGGUCUGGCCACCAGCGGCUUGGACCACGAUGUUAAACUCUGGGCUCCGACUGCGCAGCACCCCACCAACCUGAAAGGCCUCAAAGAGGUGAUGAAGAAGAACAAGCGCGAGCGCGACGAGGACAGCGCCCAGCACGGCGAGCAGUACGACACGCAGCUCCUCUGGUUCCUGAUGAGACACAUGCGGAACCGCAGACCUCUUAGAACUCGUAGCCGACACGGAGAAGGUGGAGACGGAGACACAGACACAGAGUCCUACAGCUCUGCAGAUUCUUCCGAUGAUGAGGACGGAGGCCCUGACCACGUCCAGUGCAUGUCCUCCUGAGCCGCACACACACACACACACACACACACACACACACACACACACACACACACACACCUGCCCAUGGCCAUCUAUUUAAGCACAUACACAGUAGUUAUGCACUGAUACACACUGCGAGUAAAACGCCAGCAAAACACACACAUACACAGCUUUACACAGAGUGAGGGAGAGAUGAUUGCAAUGUAGACACACACAGGCAAGAAUGUGAUGAAAGAAUUGAUCAUUUUUAUACGUUUCUGUACUCUGAUCAACACACAAACGUAGGCUUUAGCUCAUUUACUCUCUCUCUCUGUCUCUCUCUUACACACACACACACACACACACACACACACACACAUACAGUGUUCCAAUGAAAGCAGCUUUCACUUGACACACUGGAGCAGAGGACGAGAUUACGGCUUCUCGCUCUCUUGUUUGUCUUUUCCCGGACAUCGUGGCCCCUGAAGAGGACAAUUCAGCCACGAGGAUGUCCCAGCGCAUGCUUCUCAAGGCCCUUCUAGUUUCCUCCCUCCCUCACCACAAACUGAGCAUCUUUAACGCAACGGGGAGAAAAAAAAAAAGAUGAGCCAUGUCAACAUCCUGUCUUUUGUUUUUUUUCUUCUUCCUGUUUCGAGGACAGACAGCAGCAGACUGAAGUGUUUAACAUGUUUGCUGGUUGAGCUUUGCUGGAAUCUUCGGGCUCGAUCCCAAAUGGCUCCCUGUUCGGACACUCGAUGGAGUGUAGAAGCCAUUUUUAUACCCCAAGUAGUGCACUUCCUGAAUCCAACGCAGAUGGUUAUUGGACAUGUAACAGGUUUUAAACUCUGUACAGUGCAAAUGUGUAUAAAGUUAAGAGAUCUAAAGUUGGUGAUAAUGUAGGCCACUUCAUUUCAUAUCCUCUGUGGUCCAGGUAGGUAUAUGGAUUUCCAAUUGGAUAGCUACUGAACACAUGAGGCAAGACCUGCAGUGAUUAUGUGGGAUUAUUUGAUGUAGCCUAUAGGGGAUGACAUCUACCCUAUGCAGCGCACUUCGUAGGGCAUCUCUGUAUCUAGGGUUUAAAUUCCCCCAAAAGUCGUGCACUAAUAAGAGGAAGUAAGGAUUAUGUAACUGUGAUUGUGACAAAGUCAGUAUGGAGCUGAAUCCUAACUGGAUCUGUAGUGCGCUAAAUAGGUCACAGUGGCAUUAUUUUCUGCCCUAUGUAGGGCACUUUCUAUACGCUGUAUUUUCCCAGAGGCAAAGUGUGCACUACUUACAGUGAGUACACACGGUGUCAAUAUGUUCCCGCUUAUGUAGCAUCAUUAUAAAAACAGGGAGCAGAAAACUAUCGGACGUUGAGUGCACUACACAGGGUUAGGGAGCCAUUUGGAAGUGAACCCAUUUCUCAGCUUUUCACUCGAGCAGGACAAAGCGGCCCGGCCUCGUCCCAAUCCUACACCAUGUUCCUCUCUCCCAUGCUUAAUGAGUGCACUUUAAUCAGGGAUCUGUUCAUUUUCGAGUCUCUAAAGACUAGAGUGUGCACUUAGGCGGCUUGCAAUACGUAACAGGUAAAAAAAAAAAAAAAAACUAUUUUCUUCACCCAAACUGGGAAUUAAGGAUUUGAAGAUUUGGUACUAGAUAUAUUUGCACUUGAAUGGAGAAUCUGGAUGUGAGCUCCUCUUAAAGGUGGUGUCCUUUGAAAGAGGGGAAAAAAUAGCUUGGUAUUAAACCCCCCCUCCUCUUUGAAGUGUGCAUGCAAGUAAAGAUUGUAGCAAAGCAAACUUUGUAUUUGGGACAGAACUUAUUGCUUAGAGUUGCUUUCGUUUUCCAUCGUUUAAAAAUACGCAUGAAUCGAUUUUUUGAAUCUCGAAUUAUUUCGUCUCGGACUACGAAUUUAAGACUUGUAUACGCUAUUUAUUUAGGGUUUUUUUUCUCCACCCAAAACCGCGGUUGCUUCUUGGUCAUAGCACAUUGUAAACAUUGCCAGUCUUGUGUGGUAACUAUAAUACAUAGAGUAAUUAUCACUGACGUCGGCACAGUCAUCAUGACGCGAUUGUUUUUUUGUUUGUUUUUUUUCCCCAAUAAGUGUUAAAUCAAGAACAGAAGAGGUGACGUGUUUGGAGUGGACAGAGUGAUGAUACUUUUCGGUUAUUUGCAACUUUAACCAGCGCUUCAUUCGAGAAAGUCGGUGUAACUAUUAUUUCUAUCCUAGAACAAGAUCAUGUCUUGUGUGUGCCUGUCUCAUCAUCGUAGAGGGCUGUGUACUAAAUAGCAGACUAUUUUGGUGUAUUAUUUUGACACGGUAUUUAGCAGUGUGCUAUUCCAGAUGCGGCCAUCGAUUCGCUUAAGGAGGGGGCGGUUCGCAGUUUUCUUCUUUUCAUGAGGGAAAUUGAAAGUUUUUGCUUUUUGUACGGGAAAAAUAAGUUAAAUGAUUUUGUAUGUACAUAUGAAUAUAUAAUUAUAUAUAAAUAUAUAUAUAAAAAACUGUAAAGAAGGUCACUUCUGCCGCCAUUAUCCGAAUUUGAUUCAGAGAUUUAUAUUGUAUACAGAAGCAAAUUUAAAAAGGAACAGUUUUUCUCUUAUUUUUUGGUUUUCUUUAUUGUCUUCAGAACAUCGUUAUGAGCAUCAGCUAGAAAUUCAAGUUAUUCCCUUUUUUUUUUUUCUCCCCAAGCCCCGCACCCUCACAAACUUUUUUUUUUUUUUUUGGUUUGUUUGUGUAUUUGCCCACACCCAACAGCUUAAUGCAAAAUGACAUAUAAUUUUCAUUGACUUUUUUUUGCUUCUUGAAUUUUUGAUUGUUGAGUUAUCUCACCGCCGUCUAAUAACUGUUAUUGGUGCAGCUGAGAAAACAUGUACAACUUGUGCAGUUAAAACAAGAAAAAAUAGAAAAGGCUGUUUAUGA